UGACAUGUGAUCUCUGUAGAAACACACAGUCACAAACCAGAGGAGCAGAGAGAGACGCACAGUCACUCUCAGCCACACACAUACACACACACACAUAUGCACACACAUACACACACAGACACACACAGAGUUGCAGCCACACACUCACAUGCAUUCACCGAUGGAGCUGCUAUUCAGCCGAACAAAAUGUCUCUCUCUCUGACUUGAUCAGAGAUUUUAAACUCUGUACAAUGUUGCCAUGUUUUCCUUUCUAUUUUCUGCUCUCUGUCCUUUUCUACACUUCCCUUUUUUCACCCUCUGGGCAGGCAUGUCCUACUGUAUGUGUUUGUUUGGACUACCAUACCAUAGACUGCAGGGAUCGAGGAUUAUUAAGCCUUCCAAGCUCAUUCCCUCUGGAUGUACGGAAACUUCUUAUAGCCAACAACAGAAUACAAACAGUGCCGCCUGACUUCUUCAUCUUUUAUGGUGAUCUGGUUUACCUGGAUCUGAGAAAUAACUCUUUAACUUCUAUUGAGCAGGGGACCUUCAGUAGUUCCUCAAAACUCGUUUUCCUGGACUUUAGCUACAAUAACCUGACUCAAUUGGAGGCAGGGGUGUUUAAGGCAGCAGACAAACUGAUAAAGCUAUGCCUUGGGAACAAUAACCUGUCAGCUGUGAACAAGGCUGCCUUUCAGACUUUGGACUCUCUCCAAGUUCUGGAACUGAAUGACAAUAACCUGGAGAAACUUGAUGUGGCUGCCUUGGAGUCCUUGACCUCACUUCGGAUUAUACGCUUAGAGGGCAACCCCUGGAUAUGUGACUGUGACUUUGCCAACCUCUAUGCCUGGAUACGGAAGAAUCCACACAAGCUGCAACAUGGUCUAGAUGGAAUUUAUUGCUCCCUGCCAGUGGAAGACAGGAAGGUAUCGCUGAGUGAGCUGAGCGAGGCCAGCUUCAGUCAGUGCCAGUUUAGUCUGUCGUUAAUGGAUUACUUGAUUAUUAUCUUCUCGGGGAUCGCCGUCUCCAUUGCCGCCAUCCUCAUGAGCUUUUUCUUGGCAACUACAGUGCAUUGUUUCCAAAGGUGGGGAAGAUCCAGCCAAGAGGACGAAGAAGACAGUGAUGAUUAAUUGUAUUUAUUUAUUUUUUUUAAUUACCGCAUUUAAUUUAUAUAAGGGACAUGUUUUUAUUUAUAGCUUCGCUCAAUAGCCAUUCUGUAUUGUACAAAGAAAAAAAUCAGCAAUGAUCUCAAUAAAUACUUUUGUAAUAAA